AUGUUUGUGUUUGUGGAAACGGCAAUUGUGAAGCUGUGUGUCCACUUAUUCGAGCCUUGUUCGCCCGUCGGCAUUGGAGCCUUCGAGAAUUGGGAGCAGCUGGUGGGUUCCCUGUCAAACAUCGACGUCAACGACCUCCUCGAUUUCCUGGAGGAGAAUCGUGCCUACCAUGUUAAGGCACUGGUAUGUCGGUGGAACGGUGACAUGGAGAGCGCCCUUAACAUAUGGAAAAGCUUGGCACUCGGCACUGUCACCGACGCCGCGUUUCCUGGUCCGGAAUUCUACACGGACGCGUUGUAUGCAGCUCUUGUUGCGCCAUUUGCGUUUCGCGGCCACACCGCAUCUUUCACCCAACCAGCAGUGGCAUCGAAGUGCAGUCACUCAACCGGGAGCAGCACCUUCGCCAGACUUGUCUGGGCCCACCUCGAUUGCCUCUUGGAUGCAGGCGGCAACGGGGUCAAGGUCGCGGCCGCACUGAUUCAGGGUCUCGCCGGCAUCACGACGUGGACUGACGACUGUCCAGCCACCCUCGCGGCGGGCAACUCCUCCACCUUCGUGUUUGCUCCGGCCACUGUGCUGAAACGCCUGCUACCUGAGCAUCCAGCCCUGGCUGAAAACUUCUUGUGGUGUCGCAUUUUCAAGGCAGGCGACAAGUUCCUCGCGAAGGCUUGUUGUUUACGUGUUGCUGCCCAACUUGCGCUCAUCAGUCUGUCGAAUCCACGCACUUGUCACUUUCAGGACCAAGCCCAUCACGUGCUUCUGGCAGAGCUGCAGGCGCGUCUUCUCCUCCAAUUCGCUGAGGCCGAUGAUCCCAAGGCUCUUGCUCAGCAAAGGCAUCGUUUUCGUGAGACACUCCUUUACCUAAAAGACUGCCCAACGGAAAAACUUUUGGAAACCCUAAAGACUUCGCCUCACUUUCAUCGUUUCACCGAUGAAUACGUCACGCUCUUGGGCAAACUUCAAAAGUACACUGAGGCGCUAGAACUGUUGGUUUUGGAAAAGCGCAAUGUAAAGGCGGCCCUCAACUUCUGUGCGUGGUGUGCGAUGUCGCAGGCACGACAGCGGGUGGCCGAACAAAGCGUUCUUUGGCUUCACGGAGGUGACGGAGCCGAGAGCCGUGUCCGAAACCCGCCAGCAGUGGACGCCUACACAACCCUAAUUAGGAUCCUUCUUGACAGUUCAGAUCCUGUCCUGCUGAAGCUGUCAACCAGGUUGCUUGAGGCCGACAUCCCCGGUCUCGAUUUAACCGAGAUUUGCAGACGCUUGCCGGAAGAUUGGCCUCUCAACAACGGUGUGGCAGACUUUCUUCAGCGCGCAGUAAAAUCUACGGUACGACAAAUAUCAACCUAUGACCUGGAACUCGGUCUCACAACACGCCUGGCUUCGGUGUCGCGGGAGGAGGCAGUCGCGUCGACUUCGUGCAAUGGUCGUGCAGGUGCGAAUGUGCUGUGGGUGACUGACGACUCGACCUGUGACCAAUGCGGCCUCGCCUUAGACGCAUACGGUCCGCACCGGCCGUUCGCGUGGAUCGUUUCUCAGGGGCUGCCCCCUUCUAGCGUUAUGCACUUACACUGUCUCCAGUCAGAUAGCAACCUGAGCCAUCACUCGCCUGAUCAUAACAGAUGUUAA